AUGGCAUCCACCGGAGCCCUGAUUGCUCUGGCGGUGCUGGCAGCGGCAGGCGGCGUGGUCGGUGAGGCCAUCAUGCGCAAGCUCCGCCAGUCCAUGAAAGGCCUGGACGGCGCAUCCGGGUGGGCCCCUGACGACUCAACCCACCACUGCCAUUGGUCCCGCGUCAAGUGCAACUCGCGGGGCCAGCAGCACAACACCAGCGCCGGCGACGAGCGCGGCGCGCGCCGGGCCUGGCUGCUGCUGCCCGAGCUGGCACAGCUGCAGCAGCUGGAAGAUCUGUGGCUGUCCUCUUACGGCGCUCCGCUGCCAGACGGCAUCCCUGCCGAGUGGCUGGCGCCUGGCGCCUUCCCGCGCCUUGGAACGCUGAGCCUGGGGGCCCCGAGUGUGGGUGGCGGCCUGCCCUACAUCCACCCCGGCGCCCUGCCCCGGCUCCAGACCCUGUCCCUAGAUCUGCCAGAGCUUGCCCCCUCCACCCUGCCCGCCAGCUGGGGCGCCGACCCGCGGGUGCUCCCCAUGCUGCGCACGCUGUCGGUGCACGCGCCGCUGGCGGGGCCGCUGCCGGCGGCCUGGGCUGGCGGCUUCAAGGGACUGCGCCAGCUGAGUGUGGUCAACACCGCAGCACCAGGCUACCUCCCAGCCCCCAACAGCAACCAACCCGCCGCAGCGCACAAGCCGGCAGCCGCCCCUGCGCCUGCGGCUGUGCCCGCCGGGCCGCGGGGGCUGCCUCCGGAGUGGGCGCUUGGCUUCAGUGGCCUGCAGUCGCUGCAACUGUCGGGGCUGGACCUGCCGGGCUCGCUGCCAGCGGCCUGGGUGGAGGGAGGCUUCCCGCAGCUGGCCAUCCUGAGCCUGCAUGGCAUUGGGCUGACGGGGACGCUGCCGCCGCAGCUGUUCCGCAUCCAUCCGAGGCUCAGCAGCCUGCUGUUGACUGGCAACCAGCUGAGCGGCACGCUGCCCCAGGCCUGGGCCAGCGCCAAGGCCUCGCAGCUUGCCCUCUCUCGCAACGCCCUCACCGGGCCCGCCUUCCCGCCCGCCUGGCUGGAGCCCGGGGCGCUGCCCAGGCUCGCAAGCCUGCUGCUUGCGGGCAACCCUGGCCUGACGGGCUCCCUGCCGCCUGGCCUUGCCUGGCCCCUGUUUCAAGAACUGUGA